UGCUUACAGCCGCGGGAGGUCCGGACAGAGGCGGCCAUGGGACUCGAGGUUUAUGUGACAGAGUCCCCCUGCCAUUGUAGCCCAGUCUUACCUGCUCUGGAACCGUCAACCCUCCGCCUCUCAACUCCAUGCUCCUCCUUUGCCUCCCCACAUUGUAUUUCCGAGAAUAUUUUAAGUGUAGAUGAAUUUGUUGGAGAAAAUUGACACAUAGUUUGCAGAGUCUGCACUGAAAGGAGGGCACUCAUGGUGGAAAGACUAUGUAACUAAAAGAGGUUCAGAAAAGAGAAGGGAGCAGCUUGAGUCUCAGCAUCCUUAAAUAAGGAAGGAGAGACUGGAUUGUCCGCAGCAUGAGCUCCAGGUGAUGGAAGACAUGUUUCUUAACUGGCUUGCUCUGAGAACUGAUGCCUGAAUCACCUCAGCAUGGCCAAUAGAAGACGAGGUGGGCAUGGCCAGCCUCCCUCAGUGACGCCUUCCCGGUUUAGCCCUCGAAGUCUUUCUACCAAUAGGACCUGCAUCCACAAUAUAUGCAUGGUGUCUGACUUUUUCUACCCAAACAUGGGAGGUGUGGAAAGCCACAUUUACCAGCUCUCUCAGUGCCUCAUUGAGAGGGGGCACAAGGUCAUAAUUAUCACCCAUGCAUAUGGAAAUCGAAAGGGUGUCCGUUACCUCACCAAUGGCCUCAAAGUUUAUUAUUUGCCUCUCAGAGUCAUGUACAACCAAUCUACAGCCACAACUCUCUUCCACAGUCUGCCAUUGCUCAGGUACAUAUUUGUCCGGGAGAGAGUUACCAUAAUCCAUUCCCACAGUUCUUUUUCUGCCAUGGCCCAUGAUGCUCUCUUCCACGCCAAGACAAUGGGGCUUCAGACAGUCUUCACGGACCAUUCCCUUUUUGGAUUUGCUGAUGUCAGCUCGGUGCUUACAAACAAGCUUCUAACUGUGUCUCUCUGUGACACAAACCACAUCAUUUGUGUCUCUUACACUAGUAAGGAAAACACUGUACUAAGAGCAGCACUGAAUCCUGAAAUAGUGUCCGUCAUUCCUAACGCUGUAGAUCCUACUGACUUCACUCCAGAGCCAUUUAGGAGGCAUGAUAGUCUAAUAACUAUUGUUGUUGUCAGCAGACUUGUUUACAGAAAAGGGACUGAUUUGCUUAGUGGUAUAAUACCUGAACUCUGUCAGAAAUAUCAAGAAUUAAAUUUCCUAAUUGGAGGAGAGGGACCAAAGAGAAUCAUUUUGGAAGAAGUACGGGAAAGAUACCAGCUACAUGACAGGGUGCAACUUUUGGGAGCUUUAGAACACAAGGAUGUUAGAAAUGUCUUAGUUCAAGGACAUAUUUUUCUUAACACCUCCCUCACUGAAGCCUUCUGCAUGGCGAUCGUAGAAGCCGCCAGUUGCGGUCUGCAGGUUGUCAGCACGAAGGUUGGUGGGAUUCCUGAAGUGCUUCCGGAAAAUCUUAUAAUUUUAUGUGAGCCUUCAGUAAAAUCGUUGUGUGAAGGCCUGGAAAAAGCUAUUUCCCAAGUGAAGUCGGGGACAUUGCCAGCUCCAGAAAAUAUCCACAAUGUAGUAAAGGCUUUCUACACCUGGCGGAAUGUGGCAGAAAGAACUGAAAAAGUAUGUCACGUGUUGAGAAAAGAUUAUCCAAAUUCCUUGAUGUUUUGCACACACAUUUGCUUCUCUCGCAUACAGGUAUAUGAGCGUGUGUCGAAGGAAACUGUGUUGCCAAUGCAUAAGAGAUUGAACAGGCUCAUCUCUCAUUGUGGCCCAGUGACAGGCUACAUUUUUGCUUUGCUGGCAGUGUUCAGCUAUCUCUUCCUCAUUUUCCUGCAAUGGAUGACUCCAGACUCUAUCAUUGAUGUUGCGGUAGAUGCUACUGGGCCAGGGGGAGCCUGGACUCAUCAGUGUCCACGUGAUAAGAAAAGAGAUGAGAAUGAUAAGGUAUCCAAAAGCAGGUAGAAGCAAGUCCAAGUCCACAAGUCCUAGACACUUGCAAUACUCCUGCUAGCAUUUGAAAAUUACCUUGCUCAUUUGUUUUUGGCUUUCAAAAUUGGUUCAGUAAAUUACGUUACCUCUGUAUCAUUCAUUAUUUUGGUUUUUUGAAGACAGACAAAUAAUUAUGCAGUUCCUGAGUGUGGAGACUCCUUGCACUUCUUAAAAAUUUUGGGGAGAAUGGUUUAUCCACUCAGGUAUGACAUUUUUCAGAUUAUUCAGAUCCCUCUAGCAGAGAUGUUUUAACAUUAUAUUUUGGGAGUCUUGGGUGCUGAAAGGCCAAAUGUUUCUGGAUCUUUUUUUGGCCAGUUCUUAACGUUAUACCAUUAAUUCACAUUUACCAGAUGUUUACAAGCUUUCUUUAGGGAGGUACAACAGUUAUGUAAACUGUUUUAAGUCAAGGUCAUGUAUCCUUCAAUGGACAUUGAAGUCAUGUUCUCAGACCCUUACUAGGUCCACUCAAGGGUUACAUGGGAUCUGAUUCCUUGAGCAAGACCAUCCAUUGGUUGCCAGCAUGUUUGUGUGUACAUAUGAAAGUUGAACUAGAUGGUUGCUGAGACUAAGGACUAGUAAACAAGAAGCAGUAAGACAGCGAACAUGCCAAGAUGCUCAAGCAAAUGAAUGGCAGGAAGUCAUCACUGACGUAUUCCAAGUACCUCUCUGAAGCUGUUUUAUGCAUUCUCCUAGGAAGAGCCCUUGUCCUCGUAUGUGUGUGUGUGUGUGUGUGUGUGUGUGUGUGUGUGUGUGUGU